GAGACCCAAAAGGGGGGAAGGGAAGAAAAAUCAAGCUAAUAAGACAUACCCAAUUCUCGAAUUCUCGUUCUUAAUUUUGUUCUUACGAUCCGCUCUGUGAAUCGGAUCAUUUGGUGGAUUUAUUGUCCAUCAAAUUGGUGCUUUCAUUGAGAGCUCGAGAAUCAUACUCAGAGGGAAUCCUCCAUAGAGACGAUGGUGCAAACGCGCCGUAACGCCAAUGUAGGUACCGGAGUUCCCCAACAGGGGGAGAACAGCACCACUGGAGGUCGGAACCCUCCCAUCACCACAGGGGAGGCUGAGGCCCUCAUUCAGAGGGUUGGAAUCACGGCCGAACAAUUCAAAGAGGUGCUGGCCGCACUUGCGCCCAACCGCGAGGUUGUGGUAGAAGAUGUGGCUGGGGGACCCACAGGCGGGAAGGCUGGACCUACAGGCUCCCAAGGAAAAAAGAAAAACGUAAGGCGGUCCCAGAAGAAGAAGGCGACCAAGCCUAAUGGGAAGGCUGUGAUGGCUGAUGCGCUUUCCAGACUGGAAGAAGAGGAUGACUCGUCCUCCUUCGAGCGGAUGUCUGCCUUUGACCGUUUGGGAGACCCCAAGUCAAAGAAGCCUCGGACCUCUGCGUUCGAACGGCUGCAGGACACUCGGUCGGCCCGAAAAGGCGACCUGAGAGACACACUCAAGGAGAAGAGAGGGGAGUCCACAACGACCUCCAAGGUCGGUUCUGAGGAGCGACGGACGACCGUCGGGGAUAAGGGCGCAGCUGAGCUGUGGAAAAUGUACGAGCAGCUGGAGAAGCGGCUGGACGCCCAAAACCCCUAUCGCCAGGCGGUCUUCAGUGAGGCCCUGAUCGCCAUGCUCCAAGCUGCACUCCCCCAAGGGGAUGUGCGCAAAGAGCUGCGGCGGAAUCCUCUCUCAACCUAUCAAGAGAUGUUGGCCCGGGCGAAGUACUUGGCAUUGGAAGAAGAAGAUGAUGAGCCACCAGUCCGGAAGGAGAAGAAAAGUGGGCCACCGGUGGCAGAAGGGAAGAAGAGGAAGGACUAUGGUAAGGGGCCAAACCCCACCGGGUAUCAUGUGAACAGGCAUCCUGUUCAUGCGGUAAAAUCGUUGCCUGCUCCUCCUCACAGUCGGGAAAGCUAUGGUGUGCAGGAUGCACCCAAAUACUGUGAGUACCACCGUAACAGCACCCACAAUACGUCGGAGUGCGUCACGUUGAAGAAGGAGAUGGAUCAGCUGAUUGCUAGAGGGCCGCCUCCUCGGACGGAACGACCAUCCUCAGGUAACCGGACCUGGAGGAGGCCUCCAGCCCCCACAGCAGCGAUCACAGCAGGAGAGGGGCAAGAAGAUGGACGGCGGCACCUAGGACGAGAUUGUGACGAUCUAGAUGAAGAGGAAAGGCAAGGUCGCCGACACCUGGGGUGUCGGUUCAUUAUGGGAGGAAACACGGGAGGAGAUUCGGUAUCCUCCCGGAAGAGGUGGAAGAACAUGGUGUACCUGGCUGAGGUGCAAAGGCCGCCGCUGCCUAAUCGGAAGAAGAAGGAACCUCUAAUCUUCACAGAUGAGGAUUAUCCCCCAGUCCUCAGCCCCCACAGGGACGCUCUGGUGAUAAAGGUAGAGAUCAAUAAUGUGGUCGUCCACCGCACUUUGGUCGAUACGGGCAGCUCGGUCAACGUAAUGUACAGCAACACCUUUAAGGAGUUGGGGUUGUCCCGAGGUGCCCUGAAACCAAUCCAUACGCCGCUAUCGGGGUUUACAGGGGAUACGAUCGAAGCUGAAGGCACUAUCACGGUGAAGGCCGGGGUAGGAGAUGGCACCCACCGACUCUGGGUCGACAUGGAAUUUAUGGUAGUGCAGCUCGACUGUGCACACCAUUUGAUCCUGGGGCGACCAGGGUUGGAGGAUCUGGAGUGCGUAAUCUCCCCCGUCCACCUAUGCUUAAAGUUCAAUACUCCUACGGGAGUGGGGAUAGCAAGGGGAAACCAAAGCCUGUCACGUUCGUGUUACGUCAAGGCGACCAAGAGCCAAGCCCGGGUCGACGAGAAUGUGAGUACGAUCUGCGCCGCAAUCCAGAAGGAGGAGGGGCGACCACGAGCUGAGCCGGUGGAGGAGGUCGAAGAAGUUUCCUUGGACCCGGCCGAACCACAGCGGAAGGUGAAGGUAGGUAGAACCUUACCGCUUGAAUUAAAGGAGCAAUUAUUAGAGGUCCUCCGAGCAUUCAAAGUUCUAUUCGCUCGGGGACCAGAGGAUAUGCCAGGGGUCGACCCAAAAAUCAUCUGCCAUAGAUUGGCAGUGGAUCCGACCCACAGGCCGGUCAAACAAAAGAAGCGUUUCCUUUCCUUCGAACGGAGGGAGUUCAUCACCAAGCAAGUGACGACCCUAGAAUCCAUCGGGCACAUCCGGGAGCCUGAAUACGAGGCACUACUUUGCGGCUUGAGGUUGGCAGCCUCAUUAAAAGCCGAGCGGAUCCAAGUCCGGUGUGAUUCCAAGCUAGUGGUAGGCCACGUCACUGGAGAGUUCGAGGCCAAGGAUGAACGAAUGAAGAAGUAUAGAGACACUGCCCUGGAGUUGCUUAAAGCAUUUGGGGCGUACCGGAUAGAGCAGGUCCCUCGGGAAGAGAACGCUGAGGCAGAUAUCUUGUCGAAGCUUGAGGAGCCGGAUUGGAUUGAUGAGAUUACCAUGUACAUCCUUGACGGGUCGCUACCUGCCGACCCAAUUGCGGCAAAGGUGGUGAAGCGACGUGCACCCAGCUACACGCUGGAGUGCGGUCGUCUGUACAAGCGAUCGUAUAAUGGUACAUUGUUGAGGUGCUUAAGAGCGGGCGAGGCUCAAAAGUUAAUGGAGGAAAUCCAUGAGGGAAUAUGCUCAGCGCAUCAGGGAGCCUUCACAAUGUCCAGGAAGAUAACCCUACAAGGAUACUUUUGGCCAACAAUUAUCAGAGAUUGCGCAGAGUACGUGCGCAAAUGCAAGGUUUGCCAGGAAUUCCAGAGGGUACCGGGGCGACCGGCGACAAAUUAUACCCCGAUCAGUACGGCAAUUCCCUUUGCCCGGUGGGGCAUCGAUCUGGUGGGCAUUUUGCCUCGAGGGACAGGGAACAACACAUACCUGGUGGUCGCGAUCGACUACUUCACCAAGUGGGUCGAGGCCGCCCCCGUGCCAACCAUCACUGCAGAGCAGAUGACGAAGUUCGUUUCCAAGCAAAUCUUGUGCCGAUUUGGGGUGCCUCAGCAGAUCAUCACUGACAACGGAACCCAAUUCGAGGCCGGAGGGUUCAAUGAGUUUCUACAGAGCUGGAGCAUAAAACACAGCUAUGCAGCGGUCGGGUACCCUCAAACCAAUGGACAGGUCGAGAACACCAAUCGCACCAUCGUGGACGGUCUCAAGAAGAAAAUAAUGGAAUGCAAAAGUGCCUGGGUGGAGGAAUUGCCCUACAUUUUGUGGACCUACAGAACCACCCCAAGGAAGGCCACAGGUGAAACCCCUUUCUCGCUCACAUAUGGAUUUGAAGCAAGGGCUCCAGCGGAGACCUCGUUGUUAAGUUAUAGAGUAGAGACGUUUGAUGCUCAAGAAAAUGAAGAGAACUUGAGGGCAGAGCUGCACCUCAUUGAUGAGCGAAGGGAAAGGGCAUACAUGCGAGCAGAAAAUUACCGCCGACAGGUCAAGUCAUAUCAUGACCAGCGGGUGCGACCAAGGAAGUUCAAGAUGGGCGACUGGGUCCUUCGGAAAAGGGAAGUCAGUCGGCCGACCGAUGGAGGGAAGUUUGCUAAAAGCUUCGAAGGGCCAUAUAUCAUAAAGGAGGUGUUGGCUGAUGGGACAUUUAGAUUGCAGACUCCAGCCGGUGGCGACGUUCCGCGGCGCCGAACCCUGACAAGCGACCGAGGUGGAGGGCUGUUAGGCGACGCGACUAAUCAGAGGACGACGCCGUGGCAAGAAAGCCCGAGAAAACGGCUAAGUCUGGAACAAAAGAUCUACCGAUCGCAGGAGCGACCAGGGGUCAAUGGCGACGCCAUAAGGGUAAAGUAACCCGGAAGUGGCUAAGUCAAAAUAGGCGGGGUAUUCUCUGAUCAGGGUCUGAGGGAACCUGAACGCUUAAAAUGAGAUGCGGAAGAGAAGAAGAUAGAACUUGUAAGUAAACAGGUGACAUCAAA